GCUUCCAUUCUCGUCUCUGCGCCAUAGUUCAGCACUGUGUCAGCAUCGGUCAGAAUCGAUUUGAUGUCAUUGAAAGACUUACGAAUGACUGAGACAGUGGCAAGAUGCCCUGUCCAUCUCUGCUCCAGAAGACGUUUAAGCUGAACACCUUUGUAAUGCAUAGCAACCGUUGGCUUCCUACAGAAUUUGUAGAGGGAAUUGCAAACCUCAAAAAACUCUGAAAGUGCAGACUCUGCAGACAUGACAUGGACCACAACCAAAUGCAACUGAUGGUUGCAUUUAUAUAUAUGUAUAUAGUAUAACCCCUACCCAGAAUCUGAGGAAUAUGCUUUGGUGGCGCAAGCCCUCAUCAAAAAACAUCCAUGUCUGAGGGAACCAGGGUCUGUCGCUGGAUGGUACAAUUGGAGGUCUAGUUUAAAGUAUAAAAUGGGUAACUUCAGACAAAAGCUACGAGAGGCUGGAUGUCCAGAGCUCAAGAUCAACUCGCGGUCAUCCAGCACAUCUGGGAAAAGAACUCUUGAGAGGGCUAGAAAAUCAGAAGUCAACUUCAUGCCAGACAUCCCGGAAGGAAAAACAAAACACUCCCUUGAUGAAGAAAGGACAGCAAUGCUCACAGAAAUGAAGAAGAGGAAGGUUGAUUGGAAGCAAAUUCAAGCGAUGAUGACCAGCACAUUCUCUUUGCGGAGAAAGGAAAUCGUUGAGGACGAGCCACUUGUGUCUGACAUCAAAGAUAGAUGGCCAUCACUGUUCUCUGAACGUCAGAUUGAAGCCGAGUUAGCUCGCCUCACCACUGUUGACCUGAAAGGCUGCCUCUUCGCUGGCCUUGACAAGUAUCUGCAGAGGUUCAUUGAUAUCUACAGAGCCAAGCCUGGUGUGGUGGAGCUGAAGAAGCUGUUGACAACACUGGAUGGUGAAUGUUCCAACCAAUGGAAAAGGACCAUCGUGCUGAUGGGGCUCCCCCACUACCUCAAAGAGUCCAACUUUUACAAGAAAGUUCAGGCCACAGAUGCUGAGGAGGACAUGACUAGAGGAAUGACGGUGGGCAUCCUCAUUGUGGCAGACGGGGUUGAUACUGUCGCUUUCGCUGUGGUCAUUGAGGAAGAAAUCAUCCUUCCAUCGCUCAGUGAUUGCCCAACAGCUGUGGCACUUCUGUUGGGUCUGCUCUACGCACUAAACAUUGACUAUCCCAAACACAUGAGGUACACAUUUGAAGUCAUUCAGAAGGUGCUCAUGGACAUUGGUGGAGGCCAUUGCACUGCUUUGGUUCAUGGCUUGAGAAACAGACUCUUGAAGAAGACCAUGUAAGCUUAAAGCAGAGUUUAAGCAUUGGCCAAAUGUGAACAAAAUGUGAACUUGAUUGAGAAAUCUUAUUUUGUUAUUUUGGUUAGAUGUCCUAUAGAUUGUGUACUGUAUUUGACAAUUUAAUGACUUGUGCAGGUUUACACGCCCACUUUGGAAGGGCACACACUGGAUUUGUUGGGAUAUUUACACCCAGUGUGUAUUUGGGUAUAGCGACACAGUGUAUUUCGGACACAGUAACACACAGUGUAUGUGGGACACAUAACACACACGGUGUGUAUUCAUUUUGGGGGACACAGUAACACACACGGUGUGUAUUUAUUUUCGGGACCGUAACACACACAGUGUGUAUUUAUUUUGGGGACAGUAACACACACGGUGUGUAUUUUGGGGACGGUAACACACAGUGUGUAUUUAUUUUGGGGACAGUAACACACACGGUGUGUAUUUAUUUUGGGGGACACAGUAACACACACGGUGUGUAUUUAU